CACUUGAACACCAAAUCACACCCUUCCUUCAUCUCCAUCUAUCUGCCAGAAAUAAGAAAUGGGAUUCAUGCUGCCAUCCCCAACCAACCCAAGAGAACAUGCUCGUGCUCUCAUGUCUCAAAAGGAGAACAUCGAGGCAGAACUCGACGCGCAGUUUUCUAUUCUUAAAACCAAUAACAUAGAUAUGACCACAUCCCUGGUUGAUCGGGAAGGGUUUCCUCGGGCAGAUCUCGACUUAUAUGCCAUACGGCACGCCCGCAGACGCAUAAACGAACUGCGAAAUGACUUGAAAGCUGUCAUGAAUGAGAUUGAGGCAGCUCUCCAGGCGGUAUAUGAUCCAUCGGCAGCUGCGUCAUCACCCGUCGCAUCUGAGGAGGUCGCGCAGCACACGGGAGUUACGGAUACUGCGGAGUCGCUAGUUGCCUUUGCAAGAGUGGAUGGCGUGGCCCCGGGUAGCCCCGCAGCAGAAGCGGGACUUCGACGAGAAGAUCUGAUAUUGAAGUUUGGAUCCCUCGCACAGUCCUCGUUCACAGCAAAUUCGUUGCAGCCGCUCGCCGAUCUAGUAUCCGUCAGCGAAAAUCGAGAGCUUCAGGUCAUCAUAUCAAGGUCUGCGGAAACCAUAACAUUAAAACUCAUCCCGCGCAAGGGGUGGGGUGGGCGUGGCAUGCUAGGGUGUCAUAUUGUCCCUCACGGAUCGUAGUCACUACCGACGCUCUUUUGAGACGCCUCCAUUCAUCACAUUUGUAUAUAUAUGAGCAUACUGUUGAAGAUCAUUUGUUCAUUGCUGGAAAUCUUGGUAAUGCCGCGACCUGCUACGUUGCAUUGUGAAAUCCAUGGAUCGACAGCCCGAUGUGGGUUUCCCGCGUUCCGGGUUCAUAUGACGUGCUCGAGCAAUUAUCAAGUCGUCAUUUCCCAAGUCUUUCAUACUGGACCCAUCUCGUAUCAAUCUCGGCGAUGCAGGCCAGUUUGUCGAUUACAAAAAAGGGGAAUCUCGGUUGAGAAAGCACGAAUGGGAAGAGAUGUUCAGCCACCAUGAUGUCUUCUUCCUAUACUUACUUUUUCUAUUGAUUCAUCCCGAUCCCAAUGACUUUAAUUUCAUAGCUUCUCAC